GAGAUUUCAACGUUGUUGGCACUGCAUUGGCAUAUUUGCAGUGUUACUAAAUAUGCAGUUUUGCUGUUUGCUUUUACUAGUCAGAUUAUAACAACCCAGAUACACUAAUUGUAGAUCAUGAGUCAGUCAGACGGAAGCAGCACUCCUCCACCUGGAGGUCAAGAGAAUCAAAGUCAAUUUCAGCCAGAGAAGUCUCCUGAGAUUGAUUCACAGGAUGUAUAUACUAACUACUUUUCAACCAGUCUGGCCCUACAGUACCUGGAAGAGCUUUUCUUAGAGGAUAUGAUCAGUGGAGAUAAAAUGGCUAGACUAAAGGCCAGCCUCAAUGUGCUGCAUAACACCUUAAGAAGCUCGCAGGAAUCUGAGCUGAAACUGCUGCAGGAGGAGAAGUGUUUCCAUGCAGAGCUGAAACGGCAACAGCAAGAGUUAGAUAAGGCAGAGCUGUUGAGUGACGGCCAGCACCCGGAUGGUAGCGGCAUGAGACAGCAGCUCUUACAGUUUUACAACAAGCUCCAAGAGGCAGAGGGGAGAGCGCACCAGAUGCAGUACAAAAUCACAUGUCUCCAGGAGGAAAAAGACUGUCUCAAGAAAGAGUACGAAAGACAACCAAAGCAUGUUGAGCAGGAGAAGAGGUCCAUGGCUCUGAAGGAGAGCUGUGAGAAGAUGAAGAAAGAGAUCACUCAGAGGCAUCAGGAAAUCGAGACAUUAACAGAGAGAAUCAAGGCAGAUGAUACACAGCUCCAGAAGGAGCAACAGGAGCUGGAGGAAAAGAAGGACAUGAUCAAGAGCAAAGAGGCAGAACUGGCACAGCUGCUUUCCAUUCCUGCUAAGCUGGAGAAAGAAAGUCAGAGAAUCAAUUCCAAAAUAAAGAAUGUACAGAAACAGAAGAGUGAACUUGAGAAGCAGCUGUUUGAGCUGGGAGAGAGGGUGAAGCAGAUACAGGUGGGCUGCAGACAGCUGGAUGAAGAGCGCAAGAGCAUGAUGAAGGAGUUAAAGGGCUGCAGGGCCCAACUGGAGAUGACUCAGGGAGAGAGAAGCAUUCUACUCAAAGAACAGGAGAUGACCAAGGAGGAGGAGGCUGUCAUCCUCGAACAAAGGGGCGUACUGGAAAUCAACCUGAACCAAAUCAAGGAGGAGAGAAAGACCCUUCAUGACAGUCUUGUUAAGAAAGUGCGAGAGAAAGACAGACUACAGCGUAGGUUAAAAAACAUGCUACUACAGCAUAAAAUGUCUAAAGAUGCCCUGCACCACACUCAGGAGCUCUACAACAAAACGAAGACCCAGAGGGAUAUAAUGCCUAAGAAUGAUGACUUGCUAAAGAAUAUCAAAGAUCUGCAAACAGAAGUAGACAAUCUGAAGCUGAAAGUGGUCCAUCAGCAGUCGGUCACAGGUGUUGAGGCCCAGGUGGUUGAACAGUGUAUAGUGCAGCAACAGACUCUGAUAAACGAGUGCAAUCGCUACUGUGAGGAGUUGCACCAUGUUCAUGCCCUGACUCGCAUCAAAGCAGACGAGAGAGACCAAAAGAGCAGAGAGCUGCUCAAAGCUCAGAUGAGAUGCAACCAGAUCAAACAGGACAUCAGAGGCAAAGAGCUCCAGAUUCUGGAGCACAAGAAACAAUAUCAGGAGAUUCAGUCAAGGCUCUGUGUUUUCAGCAAGCUAUAUGAAACCACCAAAGAAGAGCAUAACAAAUAUGUAAGCCUACUACAGAUCGCAACCCAGCACAUGACCAAGAUGACGGAGAAGUUCAAAAUCUUGAAGAAUGAAAUUGAUAUUCUGCACAGCCAAACAGUCAAAAAAGACAGGCUGCUGCAGAAGUCUCGUCUGAAGCAUGUACACAGCCACACAAUCCGGGACAGCUUGAAAAAUGACAUUUCCAAGGUGGCCUGCAUGCUUCAUGAGAUGCAGCACAAGAGUGAAGAACAGAGACUCAAGAUUGUUCAACUUGGACAAGUGAUCAAUGCCCAGGAACAAGAUCUGCUGCACAUGCGCAAGAGCCAUGAUAUGUCUGUCCAGAGCCGCAACGAACGGGGUGUGCAACUCCUGGAGAGAGAGGAGGAGAUAUGUGUAUUUUAUGCAAAGGUAAAUGUGCAAGAGAAUCUGAUCUGUGAGGGGACGCUACAGAUACAGGCUCUGGAAGAGGAGAUCUGCUCUCUUAAGAUGCGACUUAAUGAAGAACAGAGGCAAAUCAGCUUGAGUAAAAAACAGAUGACUUGCAAGAAACCCCUGGAAGAUGAGUGUGCCUUACUGCAGAUACAGCUGUCUGAGUGUACAGAACACAAUAUAUCCCUGGAGCAGACACUCGAGGGCCAAGUUACAGAGAGACGACUGCGUAAACUGAGUGGUGAAGAUCCAUCUCCUACUGAGCUUAUCAAGAAGAUAGAGCAUCUGGAGAUGCAGCUGGCAGCGAGGGAGGCUCAGCUUCUGGAGAAAGAGCUGAUCUAUGAGCAGGUGAUCCGAAUGUCUCAGCACCUUCGCACAAAGGCAGAUAAUGGGAAAGAGGACACACUCAGACUGGCCAAGAAGGUCAACGAGUUCCAGAGUCGCAUUAAGGAGUGCACUAAGAAGCUGAUGGCUGUAGUGUCGGAGUUGGCCAUGUUUCAGUCUCAGGCUCUGUGUCUCCAGCAGGAGCUUCGUGAGAAAGAGUUUGAGCUUGACUUGUGCCACAGAAGACUGGAAAUGGGACUCGCACCUUCUGACACCAUAGAGCAGGAGUGGCUGCGCAAUAUCCAAGUGCAGAAGAAACCCCAGAUUACCGAGGAGGAAGAAUGGAGUCAGCUUCCAAACGGAGUCUAUACCACGGCAGAUUUGCGGCCAAAUUCCUACAUCCCAGCCGAAGAUUCACUGCCUUUGCCCAAACCCUAUGGAGCCCUGGCACCUUUCAAGCCGAGUGAGCCUGGAACCAACAUGCGCCACAUCCGCAAACCUCAGCCCAAGCCCCUUGAGACCUAGAGCCUUGUAUUACAUUCAUGUCCACAGCAUUUUCUGACAUUGAUAUACAAAAAUAAAUAAAUAAAAAUAAAAGUGAAAGACUUUUUUU